AUGUUUUCGUAGGCCGCGAAGCACACAAUAUCCAAAUCAAUCACUAUAGAACUACCAUUUCCUUCCGUAGCAGAUCAACCGUCUUUCUUUUCAGGUCCGUCUCUUCGCCGGCGAUCGGAGAUCGGAGAGAUUCUAACGAUGCUGAAUUUCUUAAAAGGCGUUGUCAGCGGAUCUGGAACAGGCCUCAAAGAUCUGCCAUACAAUAUCGGUGAACCUUAUUCAUCUGCUUGGGGCUCUUGGAUUCAUUACCGUGGCACUUCCAAGGAUGAUGGGACUCCUGUGUCAGUAUUUGCUCUCUCAGGAAGUAGCACAAAUGAUGGACAUCUAGCUGCUGGCCGGAAUGGAGUCAAGAGACUUCGUACAGUUAGGCAUCCAAAUAUUUUGUCAUUUCUUCACAGCACUGAAGCUGAAAAUUUUGAUGGUUCUACUGCCAAAGUUACCAUCUAUAUUGUUACUGAACCUGUCAUGCCACUCUCUGAGAAGCUUAAGGAAUUAGGAUUAAAAGGUACCCAGAGGGACGAGUAUUAUGCCUGGGGGUUGCAUCGAAUAGCCAAAGCUGUGAGCUUCUUAAAUAACGACUGCAAACUUGUUCAUGGAAAUGUUUGUCUGGCUAGUGUUGUUGUUACGCAAACUCUGGACUGGAAAUUGCACGCCUUUGAUAUUCUUUCUGAGUUUGAUGGACACAAUGAAUCUGCUGUUGGACCAAUGCUGCAAUAUGAUUGGCUUAUUGGUGCACAAUACAAAUCAAAGGAACUGCUGAAGUCCGACUGGACCACAAUCAGAAAGUCUCCGCCUUGGACUAUAGAUUCUUGGGGUUUGGGCUGUCUUAUCUAUGAAUUGUUUUCUGGCACCAAGUUGAGCAAAACAGAGGACCUGUGCAAUACUGCUUCUAUUCCAAAGUCUCUACUUCCAGAUUAUCAGCGUCUCUUGAGCUCUAUGCCCCCUCGCAGGUUGAAUUCAUCAAAGCUUCUUGAAAAUAGUGAAUAUUUCCAAAAUAAGUUGGUGGAGACCAUUCAAUUCAUGGAAAUACUUAAUCUCAAGGAUAGUGUAGAAAAAGACACUUUCUUCCGUAAGCUUCCAAAUCUAGCAGAGCAACUUCCCCGCGAAAUUGUGCUGAAGAAGUUGCUUCCUUUGCUAGCUUCUGCAUUAGAAUUUGGUUCAGCUGCUGCUCCUGCUUUAACUGCUUUGUUGAAAAUGGGUUCUUGGCUUUCAACAGAUGAGUUUAGUGUCAAGGUACUGCCUACAAUCAUAAAACUUUUUGCCUCCAAUGAUCGGUCCAUUCGAGUUGGUCUUCUGCAGCAUAUUGAUCAAUAUGGAGAGUCAUUAUCUGCAAAAAUUGUUGAUGAGCAGGUUUAUGCUCAUGUGGCUACUGGGUUCUCUGACACAUCUGCUUUUCUCCGGGAGUUGACACUUAAAUCUAUGCUUGUAUUGGCUCCUAAGCUCUCACAUCGCACUAUAUCGGGAUCUUUAUUGAAAUAUCUCUCCAAGCUACAGGUUGAUGAAGAACCAGCUAUUAGAACAAACACUACUAUAUUGCUUGGAAAUAUCGCCGGUUACCUCAAUGAGGGGACAAGGAAAAGGGUGCUAAUAAAUGCACUCACUGUUCGUGCCUUGCGUGAUACAUUUGCUCCUGCCCGAGCAGCAGGUAUCAUGGCUUUGUCUGCUACCAGUUCUUACUAUGACGUGACUGAGAUUGCAACCCGCAUUUUACCUAAUAUUGUUGUAUUUACCAUUGAUCCAGACAGUGAUGUUCAAUCAAAAGCGUUCGAAGCAGUUGAUCAAUUUUUGCAAUUAGUCAAGCAGCACCAUGAGAAGACUAACACUGGAGAUACCAGCUCCACAAGCAUGGGAACUUCAUCAAAUCCUGGAAAUGCGAGUUUGCUAGGCUGGGCUAUGAGCUCACUGACCCUUAAAGGCGGCAAAUCCUCUGAGCAGGGUCCAUAUGCUCCAGCUAGCUCAAGCAUGCCUCCUACUUCUGCAGUCCCUGAUUCUAGCUCAAUUGCAGAUAGUUCGAGUAUUACACCAAUUCAAAUUAGUUCCAACACAGAUAUGACAGAUCAGCAUGUGCCGGUAUCCCCGUCAUUAAAUGAUGGAUGGGGAGAACUUGAAAAUGGAGUUCUAGAAGGUCUUGAUGGUGAUAAAGAUGGUUGGGACGAUAUCGAGCCCCAAGAAGAGCCAAAACCAUCUCCCUUUCUUGCAAAUAUCCAAGCUGCUCAAAGACGUCCUGUCUCUCAACCAAAACCACAAGUUACUAGUUUACGAGGAAGUACCAAAAAUGAAGAUGAAGACCUGUGGGGAUCUGUACCUGCUUCUGCUCCUGCUCCAAGAACUAGUUCCCAGCCAUCAAGCACAAGAUCAAGUAGAACAGCUGAUGAUGAUGACCCAUGGGGCGCCAUAUCUGCCCCGGCACCUUCAGCAAAGCCUUUGAAUGUAAAGAAAGGUGGAUCACUUGAUGAUAAUGACCCAUGGGCUGCUAUUGCAGCUCCUGUACCGACUACUAAAGCCAGACCUUCAGUUGGGCGAGGCCGAGGAAACAAACCUACAGUUCCUAAAUUGGGUGCCCAAAGAAUAAACCGAACAUCGUCUGGAAUAUAAAUUACAAAAUCAAAACUAGGGUCAACACUGAAAGAAGAUUUCAUGAGUUGCUGUAAAAUUUCCCCUCAUCAGAUGAGUAAAAGCUCCAAACUUAAAUACAAUUGAAAAUUGUGUUUGUUUCUAGAUUUUUUUCUUAAUUUUUUUGUGUGGAAUUAUCUUUUAAGCUUCAUUGGGGGUAUGGGUAUCAUAGUAUCCCCUAGUCUAGUCACUGUAUUCUUUUACACAAAAUCAUUGAUACAAAUUCUUUGUAGUUCAUGAGUGAAAUUACAUGCAGUAUCAA